AUGUCAGCUGCUAGUUUAUUAAAAAAGAAGGGGUCAGAUAUCGUUGUCUUAUCAGCCUUAAGAUCACCUGUUACAAGAUGUGUUAAAGGCGGAAAUGCUAAAAUGUACCCAGAAGAGUUGUUAUAUCAGAUCUUGAAAGGCUCUGUCGAUAGAUGUAAUAUUAACCCAGAAUUGAUUGAUGAUAUCUUAAUUGGUACGGUCUUGCAAACUUUAGGUGGACAGAAAGCGUCGGCUCUUGCAGUGAAAUCUGCAGGUUUCCCAAUCAAGACUACCGUAAAUACGGUUAAUCGUCAAUGUGCUUCUUCUGCUCAGGCUUUAUCAUACAGUGCAGGCUCAAUUUUGACUGGUGAAAAUCAGUUUGCAAUUGCAGCCGGUGUCGAAUCAAUGACGCAUGAUUAUUUCCCUCACAGAGGUAUCCCAACAAGGAUUUAUCAACCAUUCAAAGAUGAGGCAAGCUCAGAAGCUCAAAAUGUGUUGAUGCCUAUGGGUAUUACCAGUGAAAACGUUGCUAAAAAAUUUGGUAUUUCAAGGGAAGACCAGGAUGCCUUUGCUCUUCAAUCACACUUAAAGGCAAAUAAGGCCACUGAAUCUGGUCAUUUCUUAAACGAGAUUAUACCUAUUAAAGCUAGAACUAAUAACGAAGAUGAACCUUUAAACAUAGUAGAAGUCUCGAAAGAUGAUGGGGUUCGCGGAGGUUCUACUUUAGAAAAAUUAGCAUCUUUAAAGCCAGUUUUUGCGGAAGACGGUACUACCACAGCUGGUAAUUCAUCUCAAAUCUCCGAUGGAGCAUCUGCUGUCAUUAUUACCACAAGGGACAACGCAGAAAAGAUUGGAGUUAAACCAAUUGCAAGAUUUGUUGGCUCGUCCGUUGCUGGUGUUCCAUCUGAUUUAAUGGGGAUUGGUCCUUCUGCAGCAGUUCCUCAAUUAUUAAACAGAUUGAAGGUAGAUAUCAACGAUAUCGAUAUUUUCGAAUUAAAUGAAGCAUUCGCCUCUCAAUCUCUUUAUUGUAUUAACAAAUUGGGUAUUAAUCACGAUAAAGUUAACCCAUAUGGUGGUGCUAUUGCAAUUGGUCAUCCAUUAGGAGCUACUGGGGGAAGAGUUAUUUCAACUUUAUUGAAUGGCUUAAGAGCGCAGAAUAAAGAAUUAGGGGUAAUUUCCAUGUGCACCUCAACCGGUCAAGGUUAUGCCGCCUUGUUCGCUAAUGAAGCUUAA